ACCAUCGAAUAGAAACGAAAUAUUUUUAAUCCGCUUUUCGGUUGGUGGUGCCUGGCAUCUACCGUGCGGAGGGGGAAGAGGGAGAGGCCAGGAGAGGAAAGCCUGCAGCCACCAUGGAUUCCGACCUCUGGAUCUCGCGUCUCACGGCCGCCAAGCGGCAGUUUGCGCUGCAGCGCGCGCAGCGCCAGCACGCCGCCCCGGCAUCCCAUCACGAUCGAUUUGGGUAUGAUGAUAUCGAACCUGAGGAUGAUUUGCACUCAGACUUCCCAUGCCCUUACUGUUAUGAAGAUCAUGAUGUUGCUUCUCUCUGCGCCCAUUUGGAGGACGAGCACCCUUUCGAGUCUAAAAUUGUGAAACAUCAAAGAGUACGCAGAGUUACUGGUAAUGGCAACCACAAUCUCUCCUAUGCAGGGAGAGAUCUUCAACUGCAAGAGACCUACUUAAAGGUGCUUCUUGGAAAUAGCAGUCGAAGCAGCAGUACCAAUGCAUCAAGUACAGUCACCGAUUCACUGCUACCCUCACUAGUUUUAAAUUUAUCAUCACCAGAAGUAGAAGACGCAUCAAAGUUUUCAGCUCCUGCUGUGGUGGAAAAUAAUUGGUUUAAACGAUCACUGCCUUCAAAAACUUGGAAAUUAAGAACUGUUGAUUCCACCCUUAGUCAUGAAGAGAGGGAGCGUAGGAGGAGGAGAGCUGCUGUGAGAUCAGCUUUUGUCCAGCAUCUCCUUGUCACCACCAUUUUUGAAGACUAGCAGAUCAAGCACAGCUCAUGCAAAGGAAUCUUGUGGGCGGGCCUUUUGCCCACUCAUUUAUCUGGAUGGAUAAGGCACUAAUUAUCUUGGAUACCAUCACGCUGUUCAUCCGGUCUGCUGGGUAACCAUGACAGGAAAAAUGAAGCAGCGGGCGUCUUACCUUAUAUAUGUUCUCUGGAAGCAGCUGACAUUUGUUUUCUGGAUCAUAUUCAUAAUUCUAUGUAGGCUGUGACAGGAAUCUCUAUAGUAGAGCCAUGAUUUUUUUUUGGUUGGGUUUCAGCCUGCGUUGGAGAAUAUGCCCAAUUUUUUUUUUUGGAGAAUAUGCCUUAUCUGGAUGGAUAAGGCACUAAACAUUUGAAGAUUAUAUUUCGGAGGGUGGAGAAUAUGACAAUUUGAUUUAUAUCACUAAACAUUUGAAGAUUAUGUUUCGGAGUUUGGUACUUGUUUCUUCUUAAUAUUCUUAAUAUAAUGAUGUGUGUUUCUUUGGUA